AUGUCUUUCUGCUCUGGUUUCCGCGCUCUCUUCUCCUGCUUCGGCAGCAACAACAACAGCAACAGCAACAAGGGCCUGGCCAGCCCCCCUCAAGAUCGUGAGUUCUCGUUCUCUCGCGUUGGCUUUUACAAACUACUGACGCAUGUNCACCAGAGCGGCCCUAGGUGCUUUACGCACCACAAGACGGGAAAUCCCAACAUCCCGCUGCGUGCCUUUGUGAGCACGCCACCUCCAUACGUCCAGCCCGAGCGCCCCUGA